AUGGUUUCCGGUUCCUGCACCGACGAGGCCACCUUCAACGUCUCAGCUGCAAGGCUCUGGAAAGGAGUGGUGUGCGAACCCCACAUCUUGUACCCCAAGCUCUUGCCUGACAUUUUCUCUAAAGCAGAGCGUGCUAAUAGUAAUAUGCCACUGGGAAGCUUCAACAAGAACAAGAUAGAAGUGUUCGAUGAAGAGUAUGAAACACUCGGAGACAAACAUCUCACUGAGGAAGAGCUAAAACCCAUUAGAGAUGGAUCGAUCGGAGUGCUCAAGGCUGUCGAGGGAUACUUGCUCGCCGAUCCUGAUGUCUAUGCAUAA